AUGCUACCCUCUUCUCCUACUCGUAGACGCAGGUCGUCGUCAAUUGCCUCCAUCCUCCAACCACUGCAAAUUAACACCUCGCCACAACGCUCUCCCAAGAGAAGUCACAAUCGUCGAAAGUCCGAAAGCAGCGAAGGCUCUCAUAGACGUCAACGAAGAGUCUCUUUCACAACCCCUAUAUCCAACACCCACCGGAUCUCCAAUCAUACAGGGUUUUCAUCAGCUUCCCACGAUGUUUGUAUUCAGACAAUCUCUUUCACGACUAGCGCUUCGUGCGUAACGCUUCUAGAGCGUGAAGCUGUGGCGUCCAUUCCUAGCGUUUACUCUAAUCCCCAACCAUCAUCGAAUCCGUACCAGGUUUCUCUGUGUCACAGUGACACAGACCAGCGCAGUGCUGAGUAUGGGGUAUUCGCCACCCGAAAAAUACCCCGAGGUGGCGCUGUCCUGGUCGAGCGUCCUGUCAUGUUGGUGUCUUCAAAUAGUCUUGCCGGUUGUAACAUCGAUCAGCUGCUUGACUCGAAGGUCAGGGAAGCCGUAUUGCGCCUGACUGAUGCCCACGCGAAGUCUGCCGAAGGUACGCUGGAGGGUAUCAUGAAGACCAACGGGCUCGAAAUCGAAAUUGGCUCAACGAAGUGUAUCUCUUUGUUUCUUGAUAUGUCUAGGGUCAAUCACAGUUGCGGACCCAACGCCAUGUGGAGAUGGGACCCAUCGUCGUUUUCUAUCACCCUCGAAGCGGUACGACCGAUCUCGGAAGGUUCUGAGAUCACGAUACCUUAUAUUGACUGUCUCCAAUCUCGCGCUGAACGCCGCAAACAACUCAAGGCGCUUUACAAUUUCGAUUGCUAUUGCCAGUACUGCGAUGUUCACUGGAGCGAACCCAAUGCCUCUGUUCAAUCCGACCUGGAUCGCAAGGAGCUGUUAGAGUUCAGUACCUCGAGCCAUCGAGUUCCCUCUUUCGAAUCCUGGUAUGCGGACAAGAAUUUACCGGAUGACGCGUUGAUUGAGCUUCACUUGUGGGCCUUGGAGACGAGGGCUAAAGAAGGUCUUGAGCUGUUCGCGUAUAAGAAGCAUAUCGAUGUCAUUGCGAUGUGUUUUGGUGCUCUUGAGGACGUAGAGAACUUUAGAUGCUGGACAGAGAGAGCUAGGAAUGCCAGGAUGGAGGAGAAGACCGAGAGUGAGAUAGCGGUGUUGGAAACUUGGAUCCAGGAUCCCCGGAUGUUUCCUGUGUGGGGCUGGAGAAGGCGUGCGCUGGCGCAGUGA